ACAGCUGUUGUUCUUAGAAAUCCUAUUGAUAAGACAAUUUUAAGGAUCUAUAAAUAAAUAAGAUAAAUGUUAAAGUUACAUUAUUCAUAGUGAAUUUAUCAACGCGACGGAUAGGAUGGUGUCAAUAACUUGGGCAGUAGUCCUUUUUACCGCCACAGCGGCAGUGGCGACUCCAAGCUCCAGAAUCAUCGGAGGCCAAGAGGUGCCCAUAGAGCAGUACCCCAGCAUCGUUCAGAUUGAGUACCUGAUCCCGGUAGUGUCGAUCUGGCGUUACAGCUGCGGCGCUACCAUCGUGUCUAACAGCUGGCUCGUGUCUUCAGCGCAGUGCUUCAGUGGACGAUCCUUCCUAGGCCUGAGUUCGCGUCGCAUGCGGGCUGGUACGAGCGUGCCUGGCGAGGGUGGCUUCAUCGUCCGCUUCAGCUCCUACCUCAACCAUCCUGACUUCAACAAGAAGGCCCUAUACGACUCUGAUAUAACCCUGCUGCGACUCGUGAGGCCACUGACCUGGUCUGCUGCGGUGCAGCCGGCUCCUAUCAACCUUGGAGGUUCUGAGCUGCCUGAUAACUCUCCAGUGGUUGUUGCUGGUUUUGGUGCCGUUGAAGCUGAUACCAGUGAAGAAAUGACUGACCUUCAAGAAGCGGCUGUCUUCACCGUCAACACGGAAGAAUGUCGCAGACGUUACAAAGACUUCUUGAAUGAAAAUGUUACUGAUACCAUGAUAUGUGCUGGCCUGUUGGACGUUGGCGGUGUGGACGCAUGCAUAAGAGACACGGGUGGACCUCUGUAUUACAACAAUGACAAUAGCAACGUUGACGUCCUCGUCGGUAUAGUGUCUUGGGGCUUUUGGAGAGCGUGUGGAGAUUUCACUUUCCCUGGAGUCUAUACCCAAGUUUCUGCCUUCACCGAUUGGAUUCUUGCUAACGCUGUCUAGAAGAGUUUGAACAUUUAAAAAACUGCUGACUUUUGUAGAUAUUUUUGGGUCUGUAAACGGAUGUUACUGUUGUUUAUCUACCAAUAUCCGAUUAAACCUUGGCUUAGCGAUACACAAAAGAGUAUUCUAAGAUAUCAGUUAAACUUUAAUACCUACUAGAUCGUUUUCUGAAAACAAAAUGGUUAUGUAAGAAUACACAACUGUUGAUUUCAUAAUAAAUUCAGCGUUAUCGCUUAACACUGGAUUAGAUCGUAAAUCCAAUUAAUCAGUUGCUAUAGAUUAACAUAGGUAUUGCUUUUUAAAGUGUUCAAAGAGUAUUCCGAUGGCUAAACCAGUAAAAAAAAUUGACAUGAUUAUUUAUUUAAGUGGAUACCAGAAAAAUAUACUUAUUGGCUAGCAGAAAAA